GUAUAAUAAACACCCGCCAAAAUAAUCAAUGAAAUUCCCCUCAUUUAAUUUCUCUCCGUACACAACAAUCAAAUUCAAAUUCAAUGGAAAACUCGCCGGAGAAUUGCAACGUUAAGGUUGCGCUGCAUAUCCGUCCCCUCCUCCGCCAUGAACGCCAAAACGGCGGUCAAGAAUGUUUGGACGUCGUCCCUGGAUCCGCUCAGGUGUUAAUGGGUUCACAUUCUUUUAUAUUUGAUCAUGUUUAUGGAGGAGGAUCUCCAUCGGAAAAAAUGUUUGAAGAGUGUGUUAUGCCGCUCUUAGAUGCUUUGUUUCAAGGAUACAACAGUACAGUUAUCGCCUAUGGUCAGACAGGAUCAGGAAAAACAUACACCAUGGGUACUAAUCCAAAAGAAAGUUCCCAUAGAGGACUUAUUUUUCAAGUUAUGAGCACAAUCUUUAACAAGAUCGAGACUCUGAAAGAUCAAAGUGAAUUCCAGUUGCAUGUUUCCUUCAUUGAGAUUCUAAAAGAAGAAGUGAGGGACUUGUUGGAUUCUGCCGUUAUUGAAAGAGAAGAAAGCAAUGAUGGAAAUCCUGAGAAUGCAGUUGCUGGAAAGCAGCAAUUACAAAUUCGCAAAGCAUCAGAUGGAUCUGUAAGCCUGAGUGGAUCAUCGGAAGUUAACGUCUGUACCCAGAAAGAAAUGACAGCUUGCCUAGAGCAAGGAUGUUCAAGUCGGUCAGUAGCAUCAACAGAUAUGAAUAAUCAAUCAAGUCGUUCCCAUGCAAUCUUCACCAUAAUAUUAGAGCAGAAGGAUAAAGAUAAAGUUGAAGGCAAAUCAAGUGAACUUAUGGGUGAGGUAUACCGCUGUGCAAAAUUACAUUUGGUAGACCUUGCUGGAUCCGAGAGAGCUAAGAGAGCCGGUUCGGAAGGGGUUCGCUUGAAAGAAGGUAUUCAAAUCAAUAAGGGUCUCCUUGCACUCGGGAACGUCAUCAGUGCACUAGGGGAUGAUAAAAAGAGAAAAGAGGGACUGCAUAUCCCAUAUCGAGACAGUAAACUUACUCGCCUGUUGCAGGCUUCACUUGGUGGGAAUUGCAAAACUGUUAUGAUAGCUUGCGUCAGCCCUGCUGAUUAUAAUGCUGAGGAAACUCUUAAUACGCUGAAGUAUGCUAAUCGUGCUCGCAACAUUCAGAAUAAAGCUUCUGUUCAAAAAGAAGUCUUUCCUGCUGACACACACAAGUUGAGGCAACAGUUGAGAUUGCUGCAGGUGGAACUUGCUCACAGGAAAGAAGCUGAACUUCUUGAACUACAGGAUCUUAAAAGAAAAAUCGAUUGUCUAGAGACUACCAACUCAGACCUUCUCGAAAAGAGUAAUGAAUAUCGCAGAAAAUGUGCUAUUGUGGAGGCUACCAAUUCAGAACUUCUUCAAAAAAUAAAUGAAUAUCGCAGAAAAUGUGCUUUCGUGGAGGCUGCUAACUCAGAACUUUGCCAAAAGAUUCAUGAAUAUCGCAGCACAUAUGCUGUUGUCGAUCCUACUGACAUAGAUGAUCACGAAAGUAACAGAGGCUCACAAUGCAUGCCCUCCCCAGAGGAAAUAGUGGAAUCUGUUGCAAGUGGUUAUAUUACAGACGAUAUUUCGGUAGAACCUGAUGAAACGACAAUAAAAAGCAAGCAUGGAAUUAGACAAAGCAUGUUGCAGGAAGAGCUGAAUGAUUUAGACAAAUGUUUGGAGCAGAAGGAGUCUGAGAUGAAGCUUAUUGGAUCUCCUGACAUGGAAGCACUUAAGCAACAAUUUCUGGAGAAAAUCAUAUCGCUUGAGGAAGAUAACAAAUUAUUGCUGCUAGAAAGAGAUGGCAUGCGAGAUGAAAUUUCACAUCUUGAAGCUCUGGGUGAGACCGCAACAACGGAGCAAACCAUGAAUGAAGAAAAAUCUGAAGCAUUUGAGGCAGAUUUGGAGAGAAAACAUGAACACGAGAUUGAAGUUUUGAAGCAAAAGAAUCAUGAUGUAGUGAAACGACUACAAGAUGAGAUACGUUCUAUUAAGUCACAAAAGGUACAACUACAACAAAAGGUGAAACAGGAGGAGGAGCAAUUUCGGCAAUGGAAGGCCAAUCAUGAGAAGCAAAUGAUGCAGGUAAAGAAGGAGAGCAGGAAGAGUGACUUUGAAUUAAACAAAUUAAUGGCUUUGUAUCAACGCCAAACACAGGUUCUUCAAAGGAAAACAGAAGAAGCUGCAAGAGCUACCAAAAAGCUAAAAGAGUUGCUUGAAGCACGCAAGGUUACUGCACGCCGUGAAACUAUCGCUCAACCAAGAGGACAAAGUCGUACAGGACAGAUCAAAACUUUGAAGAGAUGGCUUAAUCAAGAACUUGAUAAAGUGCUGCAUGGGCAUAAACUUCGUAUUGAGCAUGAGAAACAAACUCAGAGCCAUGCCAAACUUAAAGAGGAGUUGAGCUUUCUGAAGCUUCAGGAUAAGUCGUCUUCUCAGGGAAGCAAGCCGCAGAGAGGGCCAUCCUUGUCACCAAAUACAAGAGCGGCUAGGAUUGUUUCACUUGAAAGCAGGGUGAAAUCUUCUGCUGCUGCACUUGCUGUGUUGUCUUCACAGAUUUCAGAGGGCGGACGGGGACCUGAUCCUGCCUCUGCUGCACGAUGGAAGAUGUUACACUCGCUGGGAGAUGCUAAGGAUUUGCUUCAGUAUUUAUUCAGUCUUGCUAUCGAAGCAAGACGACGGCUGUUGGAAAAGGAAUAUGAAACUAAGGAGACAAAGGCACAAUUGGAUGAGCUUAAGUCGCAACCAAAUGACAGUAGAGAUAGAGAGGCAGCUUCAACACAAACAACCUCUAUCCAAAGUGCAAAAGUAAGCAGGCUUACAAAGAAAUGGAAAGAAAUUGAAGAGAAAGCUGUUCAAAAUGCAAGGGACAAGACACCUUCGAAGAAAUCGAAAGAAACGGAUGGACAAGUUGCUACAACUACUUCAGCUCCUUCUAAGAAGGGAAAGGCUCCAACUGCCUUCGAUAUUUUUGCAGAUAUGGGUAUUGAAUUUCCAUUGCCAUUCCCAGAAUCAAGGGAACUCGACUCUAAGGCUGGAAUAUGCAACCGACCGGUCCAAGUAGUUUUUGAACAAACACAAAAGAUGGUACCAAUUGCCCAUAUGCCGAUGAAAAAGUUGCCGCUUGGUGAACAGAAGGGCAAAAUCUCCAGGUGGAAGCGAAGCCAUGACGAAUGGUUGGUUGAGUUCAAGUGGAAGUGGCAGAAACCAUGGAAGCUCUCAAACCUGAUCAGAACCACUGAUCAGAUCAGAAACAGUGACGAGACAUUGAAGGGUCAAGAUUUGUCUCUUAGGUUUGGUCCAACCACAUGAUCAACUCAUAGUCAGACUCUUAUUCUUGUUGGCAUCUACAUUCACUUACUCAACAGCUCAAAUCCAAUUAGAACAUCCCUAGAGAGGAAGAAAUUGCACCCUUCAAGGUUAUUUUUCUUCCUUUCCUUCCUUUCUUCCAUUUCACAUGUCACAUGAUAAAACAAACCAACUGAUGCGCUGAGAAUGACGACAAAUCUUGUUGGCUGGUUGCAUCAUGUCAUCAACAGUUGUAUUUGCUAUAUUUACCCUCAAAUUAAGCUUAAACAUCAGAAUA